AGGUCAACAUACUUUCGUGCGACGAGAUGUUGGUAGAAAAGAAGUGUUUGUGAGGUGUGUUCUUUUCGUCGGGAAACUGGUGCAGUUGUGCGUUGCGAAGGUGUGCCAACGUUCGAAGGAUAAAAAUUCAAAGUAAAAAUAAGAAUAAGAAUAAAAAAGUUGGGUUAAAUGGAUCGGUGCGGGUAUUGUGUCGCGACGCGGGUGCAUCGUUAGAGGAUAAAUAACAGUGUAAACGGGAGCUCGUAAAGCAGGAGAAGGAAGAAAGAUUUCAUGGGAUAUUAAGGACCCGGAGAACGGCGGAAAGAUGCGGGGUAGUCCUGCCUUCUUCGCCAUAUUACUCGGCACGAUAUUCGGCGUCCUCGGUGCGUCUCUCAGCAAGGCGUUGAGGUACAAAGCGCCGGACGAGUGCAAAUGGGUCACCGCGGGUGAUGCCGAGGACGACGUUUCCUUGGUUUGCCGUUUGAGGACCAUCAACAGCGAAUUGGAGAACACCAACUUCAGCGUCAUACAGCCUCAACACACGGUUCGCUUGCGUCUCGAAUGUAGCGACGCUCUUUUCUAUCAGAGUUCCCUAACCGCCGGUAGCUUCAGGCCGUUGGUCGAGCUCCGUGAGCUCGUUAUCGAGUACUGCAAGAUAGGCAAUCUCUCGGACGACGCGUUCAAAGGUCUUCGAGAGUUGCGUAACUUGACCGUUAGGACGCACAACACCGAUUGGUCCGCGAUGGCGUUGGACGUUUCGGCCGGCGCAUUCACGGACGAGCUGCGUCAAUUGGAAAAGCUCGAUCUCGGGGAAAACAAUAUGUGGAAUAUACCGGAAGGCGCUCUAUGCCCUCUGAUCAACUUGGAAAUACUCAAUUUGACGAGGAACCGUUUGAGAGAAGUGACGAGUUUCCGCUUCAAUGCGGUCAGCAAGUGCCUGUCGAGCUUGAAAGAACUCGAUCUUAGCAACAAUAGCAUCGAGUCCCUGCCUACCGCCGCGUUCUCCGGUUUGACCAGAUUACACAGCUUGGAUCUACGGUGCAACGCCAUAGGCUUUAUGGCGGAUCGCGCUUUCGAGGGCCUCUCGUCGCUGGCCAUCUUGAAGCUCGCCGACAAUCGUCUCUCCAGCUUACCCCCCGAGCUAUUCAGCGACGCGAGAAGCGUUCAAGAGAUUCAUCUUAGGAACAACACCUUGAACGUGCUACCGCCCGGGCUCUUCGGCGAGCUCACGCAACUGUUGGUGCUGGACUUGUCGCGCAACGAACUGACCGUCGAAUGGGUUAACGCCGCAACGUUCGGUGGUCUCGUCAGAUUGGUCGUGCUGGAUCUUUCGAGCAAUCGGAUAACUCGACUGGAUCCGACGGUGUUUCGCGAUCUCUACAGUCUACAGAUCUUACGGUUACAGGAAAAUCUGUUGGAGAGUUUACCGGAGAACACGUUCUCCGCCCUCUACAAUCUCCACACGUUACUUCUCAGUGACAACAGAUUGACCGUCAUAGACGCUACCACGCUCAGUGGACUUUACGUGCUCAGCUUGCUCUCCCUCGACAACAACAGAAUCCACACGAUACACCCGAGCUCGCUGAAGAACGCCUCGUCCCUCCAGGAUCUUCAUCUUAACGGUAAUCGACUGACAUCGGUGCCGGACGCCCUCAAAGCCACUCCCCUCUUGCGUACUCUCGACCUGGGCGAGAAUCUCAUUUCCGAGAUACCGAGUGGCACCUUCGACCACGUGGCGCAACUCUAUGGUCUUCGGUUGACCGAGAAUCACAUAGGGAAUCUGACCAAGGGCAUCUUCGAUCGCAUCAAAGAAUUGAAGAUCUUGAAUCUGUCGAGAAAUCGGAUACAGUACAUCGAGCCGGGGACGUUCGACGAGAAUCUCAAUCUCCAGGCCAUACGUCUCGACGGGAAUCAGUUGACCGACAUUGCCGGGCUCUUCACCAAUCUACCGAAUCUCGUAUGGUUGAACGUCAGUGACAACAAACUCAAGUGGUUCGAUUACGCGAUGAUACCGACGGGACUCCAGUGGCUCGACAUACAUUCGAACGAGAUACGCGAGCUAGGGAAUUACUUUGAAAUAGAGAGCCAAUUACAGUUGAGUACCUUCGACGCCAGUGAGAACAAGCUAAUGGAGAUUACGGGCAACGCGAUACCUAUGAGCGUCGAAUUGCUUUUUCUCAACGACAACCUCAUAUCAAAGGUGCAGAGUUACUCCUUCUUCAAGAAACCGAAUUUGACGCGGGUCGAUCUGAAGGGCAAUCAGAUACGAAACCUCGAGCCUUACGCGUUACGGAUCAGCGCCGUACCACCGGACAAACCUUUGCCGGAGUUCUACAUCGGCGACAAUCAAUACCUUUGCGACUGUACGAUGGAAUGGUUGCAACGCGUAAACCGUCAAAACCAAACGCGGGUUCAACCGAGAGUGAUGGACCUGGAGAGCAUCUACUGCAAACUUCUUUACGACCGAGAACACGCGUUCGUACCUCUGGUCGAGGCCUCCCAUUCCCAAUUCCUCUGCAAAUACGAAACCCACUGCUUCGCCCUCUGCCACUGCUGCGACUUCGACGCUUGCGACUGCGAAAUGACCUGCCCGUUGAACUGCACUUGCUAUCACGAUCAAUCCUGGUCGGCGAACGUCGUCGACUGUUCGAACGGCGGUCACACGAACAAACUGCCCGAACAGAUACCGAUGGACGCCACUCGGCUCUACCUCGACGGUAACGAUCUCCGCGUCGUGUCCAGUCACGCUUUCAUCGGUCGUAAGAAGCUGAAAGUCCUCUUUUUGAACUCGUCCAACAUCGAGAUCGUGCAGAACAGGUCGUUCAACGGUCUGCGCGACCUCGAGGAUCUCCACUUGCAGGACAACAGGAUUCGUGAGUUGCGGGGACACGAGUUCGAGGGAUUGGACGCUCUUAGGCAGCUACAUCUUCAACGGAAUCAGCUCGUCUCGAUCGGUAACGACACGUUCGCGCCGUUACGUUCGUUGCGAGUCCUAAGAUUGCAAAGCAACCGGCUUACGACUUUGGCGGUCUGGACGUUACCGUCGUCGAUCGAGGUCAGCCUAUCGGCCAAUCCGUGGUCCUGCGAGUGCGACUAUCUUCAGAGUUAUCGCGAAUGGAUACGCGAACCGAACGUUCGCGUAACGGACGCUUCCGAGUUACGUUGCGUUUACAACGUCACCGAGUUCGAGGCCUUCGGCGACGAGACAUUUACCGACGACGAGUUUGGCUUCUCCGUAACGGCAAACGAUCGUGACACGAACGUUAAUGGGAGUGCCAGUUCCUCGUGUACCGGUGCGGUCGCUAUAGACAACGAAGUGCAUCGAAAUUAUACGAAGACCAUCAUCGAGAAACAAGUAUUGCAGGACUAUUUGCCGCUUCUCGUUGCCACGUUGGCGAGUUCCUUGGUUAUCAUGCUGCUAUGUAUGCUAGCAUUUAUAUUUCGUCAAGAACUUCGGGUGUGGUUUCAUUCGCGUUUCGGCGUACGAAUAUUCUACAGAAAUCACGAGGUCGAUCGAGAUGAUAGGGAUAAACUCUUCGACGCUUUCGUUAGCUACAGCUCGAAGGACGAGGCAUUCGUAGCCGAGGAAUUGGCACCGGUAUUGGAGAUGGGAAAUCCUUCCUAUAAACUUUGUCUUCACUAUCGUGACUUUCCUGUCGGAAGUUUCAUAGCCGAUACGAUCGUACAAGCGGUCGAAUCGUCGAGGCGGACUAUCAUGGUACUCUCGGAGAACUUUAUCAAGUCCGAGUGGUGCCGUUUCGAUUUCAAAUCGGCUCAUCAUCAAGUAUUGAGGGAUCGUAGACGUAGGUUGAUCCUAGUACUCGUUGGUGACGUUCAUCAGCGUGAUCUAGAUCCGGACAUACGUUUGUAUUUAAAGACAAACACUUAUCUCCAAUGGGGCGACAAGCUCUUUUGGGAAAAACUCAGAUUCGCGUUGCCGGACGUCCCUAACAAUCAAAGGACCACGCAGAGAAGUAGACAACCGCCGCCUGUCCGACGGCAGCACAACAAUAGGACGUCCAAUGGAUCGCGCACGGUCUCCGUACAUAUAUAAACCUCGACAGUUAACGACUAUAUUAUUAUCGAUCUUCGUGGUGUCUUAGUGCGACUAAGUGACAUCCAUCGUCUAGUGGUAGUAUCGAUCCUGUGGUUCUUUUUUUCUGUUUAUUUCUUUUUUCUCUUGUGUGUGCAAUAGAGAGUGUAUAUAUAAAUGAUCGAAGGAGCGAGCUGUAGAAACGAUAAACAUUAUAUAAAUAUAUAUAUAUAUACAUACACACACAUAUA